AUAUCUCACAAACUUGUUUCAUUAAUAUCUUUAAGGGAGCAAGAACAGUUUUUGCAUAGUUUUCCAUGAAGUCUGAGAAAAUAGGAAGAGUCACUCUUUAUUACAUAUAUUUUCAUAUUGGUGUCAGAAGGGGGAACAUACUUUAUUUUGGACAGAAAAACAUGGACCGAGACAAACUCCAAAAGGUCUUAGUAUGAUGAGUACCUUUAUUGGGAAAUCCAAGUUUAGGAAGAUUUUAUUUGAACAUGUUUGAACAGACUUAAUGGUGACGUCACAAAGGCGCGUAUGAACGCUCUCUUCCUGAUGAGAUACUUCUGUAAUUAUCACAGCUCACGGAUAUACGCGAAACAAUACCUCAAGUUCUAAAUUACGCAAACACUGAACAACUGGACAUGGACCAGCAUAAUUUCGGAAUCACAAUGGCUGUUGUCACUUUGUUUUGGGGAUUUGUUGGUGGACUUGUCCCGUGGUUUAUUCCGAAAGGGCCAAACAGAGGUGUCAUCGUAACCAUGCUUGUGUUUACAGCAGUUUGCUGCUACUUGUUCUGGUUAAUAGCCAUCCUGGCCCAGCUGAACCCCUUAUUCGGACCAGCACUGAGCAACGACACCAUUUGGUACCUGCAGCAGCACUGGCCAUAACAGAUAGCUCAUUCCAUGAUAAGGACAAUGACAAAACUACAUUAAAAAGAAAGGAAGACUAUGAUAAUAACAGAGCAAGAAACAUUUAGAGGACACAUCAAAGUGAACUGAUUCUUAGACUUGUAUCAGAAAUAUUGUAUAUACUGUAGUAUAUACCACAUAGCAUGUCCUGUGCUUCCAGAGCGGUAGGUCACACUAACAGCAAUAGCUCAAGCUAAACAAAGCUUCUUUCAUCUUCUUGUAAGUUUUACUUUUGUUUCCUUCUUGGGAGUAAUAGAUGCUAUUAUUUACUAAAAGGCUUGGCGAGCAGCCCAGACCUUGGGAAGAUCCAACAAGCAGUGCAUCAUACAGAUUCCUGCUGACGGACCCAAGGCCCUGCACAUGGCCCUAAACAAGUAAACAGGCCCUGCCCUCUCAUGGAAUCCUGUACAUGUUUAUCUUUGAACACUGGGACAUUUUCUCAAACUACAUUUUUUUUAUUUUUUUAUUUGUUUUAGGUAUUUUCAUAUGAAUUCAUAUGUCUAGUUUAUGUUAAAUAGAGCAAAGAUUUUACCAUGCAAAUAUUGACAUUUAACGUAUGUAUUAUUUCUUUGCGAGCUGUACUAAACAACCUCUGCCAAUGUUUGCAAAAGCUUGAGAUGUCAUAUAAAAAGCUAUCACAGUUUGUUUGCUUUUUUUUGCCAUGUUACAGCCUGUAUAUACACUGAAAAAAAAAAUGUCAGUAAUUUAUCAGUAAGAGAAUGUAAAAAUGCAACAGUUAAAAAAGUUAAUUGGUUAACGGGUAGUUUAUACUUUAAUAUAUACUGUAACAAAUUAUCAUUUAUUUAACAAGACAAUACAUGUAAUUUAUGGUAAAAUAUUGUACAAUAAUUAUUUUUAGAUGUAAAAAGUAUAAUUUUACUGUAUUAUUAACGAUAAAAAUUUAUAUAAUGUUUAACAAGAGAAUACAUGUACUUUUUACAGUAAACUAUUGUUAAAAUUUCAGUGAAAAACAAUAAUCAGGAGUUCCCAGAAGUCCCUGCGUGACCAGUCACAUCAUGUUUCUUCUUAUUUUUAAUAUCAGUUAUGUACAUUAGGGUGUUUUGUGUUAUAUUUUAUAAUGUUUAGUUAAUGUUAAUUGCAUUAUUUUAGUGUCAUGAUGGUGUUUCGUGUUUGUAUGAGUGACACUGUGCACUUUCUACAUGUGUAUUUAUUAUUGCUUCUGGAAAGGGACACUCUUAAUGAACUUUUAAGUCAUCAUGUGGCCUUUUGUAUUUACUACAUUGAUUAACAAAACAUUUUAAAAUAAAAAGCAGAUUUGUAUAGUUCCAGAAGGUUAGUAUACCACAUUUAUAUAAUUAAUAAUAUAAACGUUAAUGAACCGUAAAAUAUAUGGCAUCAAAAUAACAUCCCGUAAUGCCAGAAACAAAUACAUAAUAAUAAAAACAAAUAAAGCUUGGUUUGACAAGAAAUAUUGCAUUUUAGUUUUAAAAUAAUCUUCAGUGGAAGUCUUUCAAUCACAUUAGCCCUUAAAGAUAAUAUUAAAGAAUGAUGUGCAUUGUGUUUGUUGUAUUAACAUUUUGCAUUGUUAUAAUAUAUAUUAUUAUAUUAUAUACUAUGUAUUAACAUAUAUUUAAAUACAAUUAUUAUUUGUAUUAGGAUUUCAGCUAAGUUUAUACUAACAUAAAUUGCACCAAGCGGAUAUUGAAUGUUUUCUUUGUUUUUUUGCAUGCUGUGCACAUCAACCUCUCUCCGUUUUAUCAAGUGUUAUAAAAAGUUUGAGAUCAUCUAAAAGGUUUUAGUCAUGUAAAGAGCUAUUAUGAAUGCUAUUCUCAAGAAGCAUCUUCUGUCGUGGACCAUGCUUCAUUAAAAAAGACCAGUAGAUCUCAGAAGACCUACGAUCAAGAGUUGUUGCACUGCAUAAAGCUGGAAAGUGUUACAAAGUUAUCUCGAAGAGCUUAGAUAUUCAUCUGUCCAAACUUAGACAAAUUAUCUAUAAAUGGAGAUGAUUUAGUUCUAUGGCUACUCUCCCUAGAAGUGGCCAUCCAGCCAAGAUGACUCAAAGGGCACACCUCAGAAUGGUCAGUGAGGUAAAAAGGUACUCUAGAGUGACAGCUAAAGACUUGAAGGAAUCAUUGGAACUGGUUAACAUCUCUGUUCAUGAGUCUGCUCUGCGGAAAACAGUAAACAGCCAUGGUGUCAAUGGCAGGACACCACGAAAGAAGCCGCUGCUUUCCAACAAAAACAUUGCUGCGUGCCUGAAGUUUGCCAAAGAUCACCUUGUUACUCCACAACGCUACUGGGAAAAUGUUUUGUGGACUGAUGAAACUGAGGUUAAAUUGUUUGGAAAGAACACGCAGCACUAGGUAUGGAGUAAAAAGGGCACCACAUACCAACAUGAAAACAUCAUCCCAACGGUGGAGGGAGCAUCAUGAUUUGGGUCUUCUUUGCUGUUUCGAGGCCUGGACCACUUGCCAUCAUCGAGGGAAAAAUUAAUUCCCAAGUUUAUCAAGAUGUCAACAAGCUCAGACCUUAACCCAAUAGAGAUGCUGUGGAAUGACCUCAAGAGAGCCGUUCUCACCAUACAUCCUAAGAAUAUGGCUGAGAUGAAACUGUUCUGUAAGGAAGAAUGGUCCAAAAUUCCUUCUGAACAUUGUGCAGGUCUAAUCCGCAGCUACUGGAAACAAUUGGUUGAGGUUACUGCUGCCAAAGGAGGUUCGAUCAGUUAUUAAAUCCAUCAGUUCACUUACUUUUGUUUAAUGGGAUGUGUUUAAUAAAGACAUGAAAGAUUAUAAUUGUUUGUGUGUUGUUAGCUUAAGCACAUUGUGUUUGUCAAUCCUUGUGACUUUGAUGAAGAU